AUGUCUUUAAUAAACAUUGUGGUUGACAGCACAGAGGCUGAGAGUGAGAAUUCAGACAAUCAUUUAAUAGAAAAAGAUAAUACUAUUCCACCAGGGCACGAAGAAAUCUACGAGACAAGUAAGGUCUUGGGAAGAGCCUAUAGAGACAAAGAGACUUUCUAUGCUCGGGUAAAGAUAUUAGAGAAUCAAGAUGAACGUGGCAUCGUUGUAGGCGUUGUGGAGUGUGAUAGUAAACCUGACAAGAAAGUUAUUAAAAAAUUCGUUGACAUUGGACUCGGAUGGGAAUAUUAUAGUGAUGGAACUAUAAAUGAUGGAAAGAAAGAGGAAUUCAAGGAUAUUCCGUAUACGAAAGGCGACGUUAUUGGAUUCGGUGUAGGCAUUUAUGAUGAUCAAAGACUGUUCUUUAUCGAAAACAACAAAGGAUACGUUUUCUCCUUUUCUCUGCUUAGAGAAAACCGCCCGCUAUAUGCAUAUGUGACAUGCAACGAAGGCUCUAAAGUGGAUGUCGAGUUUCAAACAUAUACAAAACCACUACCGUAUCCAACUUUCGUGCAUACAUCACAGAUUGAACGUAUGGCCUUAUCAUCCGAUCAUAAGUACGUUGCGUUAUACAGUACGAAUGAUACAGUUGUCUCUAUAAGUGAGGUUGAUUUCGUGUCGCCAUCAAAGCCAAAGCUUACCCCACUGACGAGGUUUAGGGCUGACCAAGAGUAUGGCAUUGUAUCAAGAUUUAGGACUGAAAAACAUUCUAUUGCUAUGGGAUAUUUUAAAGAUCUUAUCAAUGCCGAAUUGUCGAAAUUUCUCGAUCGUUUCGAAGGAUUUAAACAAAAUUGGCACAAAGACAAUGUUACAAUUGCAAUAUCUAAAGCAUGUGGUGGAAGAGUUCAUGUCUUUAUUAAACUGGAUAAAGAACUGGUGAAUGCAUCAGUCGCAUGUAAUCAACAAUUUAUUGAUGGGCAACCAGUGCCAGGCGUACCAUCUCUUGCUACGAUUUCAAAAAAGGCUUUAUGUGCAGAAAUGUUGAGUGAUGGUGAAACAUUAGUAUGGAUUGAAGAACAAACUAAACAGAGCAAAAACGCAGUACGUUUGCAAUGCCUUUCAAAACCUUCUGCAGAAAUACUCAUGUAUAUAGGAAAGCUUGCCACUGUACGUGCAGCCCCUUCUCAGAAAGGUGAAAGUGGAACUGAGAUAAUUAUCUAUGGCGAUGGUCCUCAGAACGUAGCACAUUUAAGAUAUAGCAGCAAUGGUGACCUCGUCCAGACCUUUCAUCCAGUUUUCUAUGACGACGUUGUCUGUAGGCAAAGAACAAUGAUGGCCUUUUAUUCACCUGAGAAGGAUCUUCGAAUCUUUGACAUUGAAACGGGAAUUCUAUUAUCGAAAAUUAAAUUUGGCUAUAACCUUCUUGGGUCAGUUUACUUUUUACAUGGAGUGGAACAUUUAGUCACUGUCCAUUAUAACUCGUCAAAGAAAGCUUUUGAACUGAACAAUUAUGAUCCAUUAACUGGCGAAAUGUUGUCCAAUCCGUACAUGGAAUCUUCAUCUUUUGAAGGCAAAAAUACUGAACUCUCUGUAAUGAUUCAAACUGUCACCGGCAAGUUUUAUGUAAUUGAACCCACCGGUACUACCGUCACAACGCAUUUGAUCAAUAAGGAUACUAUUUCAAUUGACGGCAACGAAGCGAAGUUUCAACUAGACAGUGCGUUUGAUUAUAGUGAUCACGCGCACAGGUUCAACAGGGAUCGCUCAAUUGACGGGAAAAUCACAGUACGAGUUGAUUGGAAAUUUUAUAGCAUACUGUUGACUAUAGAACAUCGCGAUGCUGAACCCUUAGAAUUUCCUAUUGAAUCACAUGUGGAUGAGUUUUUUCCUAAAGUGAAGUUCUUGGAUCAGACGACUUUCCUUUAUCAGAGUCACUUUUCAAUACAGAUUUGGGAGAUCAAAGGAGAAACAAUAGAGGAAGUUAAACUGACAUAUAUUUGGGCAGUACCAGACAAAUUUAUUAAAAUUGAUGCUGUCGAGCUCUUUGAAUCUUAUCUCACAAUUCAUUUUGAUGAAUCAACCAAGCGUCAAAACGAAAUGGUUUUCAGAGAGUCUCGGAAAAUGUCUAUGAAACAUGCUGCACGUUUCCUGGCGCUCGAUCCACUAAACCCGAGCCACACAGCUACCAAGUGCUACGAAUUUCUUGAUGAUAAACUUGGCAAAAUUGUCUUAAAUGACGUUGACGACAACUUUUAUACGUGCACCAUGGAGUAUUUGCUCACAUGCAUACCAAAGUAUCGAUCGGCAGAGUGGCUUGAACGUAUCUUUAGCAAGGGCAAAUACGUUCCGCGUUUUUAUCUGGCAAACUACAAAUGCAGCUUGCUCAGUCAAAUUAUAUCUUAUAUUCAACAGUCUGAAAACGAGGAAGAUGAUCAAAUGUCUAUAGUUCUUGAUCAUAUAGUCACUUAUUGCAUCCGGCAAGCCAGAGAAUAUCCCGGAUAUAUGAUGUUUGUUACUCCUCUAUUGCACGAGAUUGCCGAUAUAAGACCAAGCAGGUCACAAGAGUAUGCAGCAUACCUCUCUUAUAUUUGUCCGGACAAGGAAAGUCGAAUGUCAUACGAACGCCAUAUGAGUACACGUGCAAUAAUGGAACACAUCGAUAUGUCCCAUUGCAACCGUAGGAGAUUCUCAAAAUUUUCAAACGCUUUGUCAAGCCUCUUGAAUUUGUCAGGGAAAACCUAUCAUGGCUAUUAUGACAAUGCGAAUUGUAUAUCACCACUCCCGGGAAUAAGCGAUCCUAUUUUACCACCAAGUCCUAUCGCGUCUUAUCCUCUCGGAAAUAAAAAACACUGGGAAAACUACUUUGCCAAGUUCUAUGACGAGACAUUUGUACAAAAGAUACCGCUCAUCGGUUCAUGGGUUAUCCCGAGCCAUUACAGUGUUUUCAUUAAUCUGGCGGUUCUACGUCACCCUAUGCUUCAGGAACCUGCAUUUGAAGCGUUGGUAAAAUAUAAAUGGGAAAAUUAUGGUCAAAAAUACUAUUUAUUUUUAUUAUUUGCGUAUUGGAUUUACUCGGCGAUGUUUAUUAUUCCUGCAAGUAUUGGUGACAACGUUUUACACGACAGUGGACUCAAAUAUCCUGUAAUCGUGAUGGCGACCAUUUUUCUUUUAUUGGAGCUCAGACAAUCUCUUACCUUAAGGCUGAAAUACUCCUAUAAUCUCUAUAAUAUCAUCGAGUUGGCUUCGUUUAUUCUUCCUCUUAUCGUUUCGAUAAAUGCGCAGGCUGACAAUCCACCAUCAAGUCGGUCCUUGUCAUGGGUAGUAUUAUUGUUAUGGGUGUUUAUGGCAUUAAAUCUUCGGGCGUUUGAAGGAAUGGGAGUCUUUAUCAUUAUAUUAUACAAAGCCAUUUUAAACUUGGUAUCUUUCAUCUUGUUGAUGUCUGCUAUACUUGCUGGCUUUACCAGUGCUUGCUGGAUUCUUCUUCGUAACGACAAUAGCGACGAUAAUUUCCAAUCAUUCUGGUUAUCUCUAAACAGCGUGAUGACAUUCUUAGGAGGCGACUUUUCAGCGGUCAGCGAUGUUCAUUCGUUCGAUGUUAACAUGCUGCGAAUACUUUUCAUGAUUAGCACAACAAUAAUGUUGCUGAACAUUCUCAUCGCUAUUCUCAACACUGCAUACAGUGAUGUCGCCUCUCAGGCUCGGAGAAUCUGGGUACUCAAUUGUGCCGAGAUACUUGCUGAAUUUGAACUAUUCUGGAUGACGCCUGAAAAGAAGAAAAAUAGGGUUCUAUUUCCAAGAUAUAUCUAUUACGAAGCAGACAGAAGCAAAGUUAAAGAGUAUCGUCAGACUAAGGCGUUUAAAGCAAUCGCAGGCAUGGAAUUGGAGGAACGUCAAAUAUAUAGACAUUCAGAAGUUGCGAGUUCCGCCGAUACAAUUAAUUAA